CUUGGACUAUAAGUUUCCUAUAAAUUAAAAGAAUGCACCCUCCUCUUCUUUUAAUUACUUUAAUUUUUAGCUCUCAAACAUAAAAGAAAUGGGAAGAAAACCUUGCUGUGACAAGAUUGGUCUGAAAAGAGGACCAUGGACUAUUGAAGAAGAUCAAAAGCUUAAUAAUUUCAUCCUUAACAACGGUAUCCAUUGCUGGCGAUUGGUACCGAAAUUCGCAGGGCUACUACGAUGUGGAAAGAGUUGUCGAUUGCGAUGGAUUAAUUACUUGAGACCUGAUCUUAAGCGUGGUGCUUUUACAGAAUUUGAAGAUGAUCAAAUUAUUCAGCUUCAUUCCCGUCUAGGCAAUAGGUGGUCUAAGAUUGCUUCACAACUUCCGGGUCGUACCGACAACGAAAUCAAGAACCAUUGGAACACCAGAAUCAAGAAAAGGUUGAGGCAACUUGGGGUAGAUCCUCUUACUCACAACCCAAUUCAGCAAACAGAAAAGUUUGAUACUGAUAAUGGUGUCAAAAUCGACGAGGCAGUACAAUCUAACUCGUCGACCGGACAAGAAGAAGAAGAAAAAGAAGUGCAAAAAAAUGAUAUAUUGAAUAACUACGAAAUGUUGUGUUCUUCAAGCUCUGAUAUUGUGUUUUCAAGUAAUUCAUCACAACAUUCUUCAGUGGGUGAAACUUCAUCGGUUCAUCAACAAGAUUGCUGGGUUGACUGUGUGGACUCUAUUCUUUCAUGGGAUACCUUCAAUGAUCUUUACUUUCUUGAUAAUAUUAAUACCCAAUUUCCUAAUUGUUUAUGAUCAAGAAAAUAAAUGUAAAAUAUUGUGAAAGAGUGCUACAACAUUAAAGUUGAACAUCUCUUUAAUUUCUUUUCUUAUUCUUCUUAUUAUUAAAUAGUCAAAUUCCAUUUGUUUUUUGUCA